GAACCUCCUCUUAAGAAGGGAACCGCGAUUUUCCUCGAUCAAUCGAGCUGAGCUGUAAGAGCUCAGAUAUUCCCGGCUCUCUUCCUAGGAAUCAAAGUUACUGUCCCUCACCGCCAACAUGCCGGCCCCCAACAAGAAUGGCAAGAAGAGAGAUAUCGACUUCUCGUCCUCAGACUCCUCAGAUCUCUCCGAAGUCGACCCAGAUGCCAUGGAUAUUGACGUCGAAGACGAAGCCCCAGAACCAGUAUUCGCAGCACCAAAACCCACACCAAAAAUCAAGCUCAAACUCGGACCCAGACCACCAACAAUCGAGUCGACGCCAACACCAAAGGCACCUCCGAAGCCACGGCGUCAGAGAGUAGUGGAGAGCGAGGAUGAAGAAGAGGAGGAUGUGGACGAUAUCCUGGAUGAGUUGGAGAACGACGUGGAGGAUGAGGAGCCAGAGGAGGACCUGAGCGACAUCGAAGACGAAGAAGAUUUUCUCGAAGACGAGGAACUCGAGGCCGGCGGUGUAUCACGGAUGAGCACUCCCGACCCAACAAAACUCACAGCCCGACAACGCGCCAAACUGGAAGACAUCCACAUCGGUGCCGUCGGCGGCUACAUGGAACUCUCCAACGAAGUUCAGAAAAAGAAACACCUCUCCGCCGCGGAGCUCGCACUCAAACGCAGCGAAAUGGCACGUCGAAGGAAAAACCAGUCGGAGAAGAAACUGGAAGAGGAAAAGCAAGAGACGAUCAACAAACUCCUAACAAAAGGCGCAAAGAGUACGCGCGGAAUGAAAAAAGCCGUCCGAGACGAAGAGAACCCCGACGGUGAGGCCAUCAUUAAAGAAUCCGCCCCACCGCCUCCACCCACCAAAACUCGCUGGGUUGACACGAAAGAUCGGACAGUUCUGGCGGUACCGGAAGCGUGGAUGGGGACGGAGUAUGCCGAGGUGUUUGAGAGGAAGGUUGGGGUACCGCCGGGGCCGAGGGAUGCAUGUUCGAAUUGCCAGGCGGAGGAGGGGAAGUAUAAGGUUCUGAAGAAGGAGGGACAGCGGGCGUGUAGUAUUGUGUGCUUGAAAGCUAUUGAGGCGGCGUGAGCGAAAUAACUUGCCAGGAAUCACGGUCAUUUACAUCACGGAAUUGAAGACGAA